GAACUCUGUAGUCGCCAUGACAACAAACUCAAAAUAACAUUUCUAGCAAAAUAAUGGACAAAUCGAUUCGGGUUAUGAAUCAAUUUACGUUGCAAAAUGAGUGAAGAGCUGGGCAGAUCUGGUAUAUAUAUUGAUGACCUCUAUACUUUGCGAGUUAUUGAUCCUGAAGUGGCUAACGAAACUAAUGAUCUAAAAGAAGAAUGUGAAAAUUUUACAGAUAAAUUAAACGAGUUUCGUCGGAUCACGGAGCAAUUUACAAACAUCAUAGAGAACAUUGCCGUAGAAGUGGACCAUGAAAAAAUGCGUGCUAUCGGAGUUCAAAAUAUCCUCAAAACAUUCUCCAAGCAACGGGAAUCGGAACAACAGCAAAUACAGAGCGAAAUAAUUGAAAAAAUGGUUGAGUUGGAUAAAUUGAAGAUUGAAUACCAAUACUUACAAAGAAUUGAAUCCGAACAGCAAGAAAUAAUCGACAACUUUUAUCAGAAUCAAUGAAAUCCGGAUCUGUACUAUCUACAUGUUGAUAAAAGCAUACGCUGAUCCUUCAUUAU